AUGUGGUGGCCGUGGAAACGGGAGGAAGACCCUGAACUGACAGGGCAGCCAUGCCAUGCACAGGCCUGCGCCAUCCAGAAGUGCCUGAGCAAGAACAACUUUGACUCGCACAAGUGCAUCGAUACCAUCCAAAAACUGCUCGCCUGCUGCCAGGAGCAUCAAAACAAGCCCAAGCACUGCGCAGAGAUGUCCGGGCUUCUAAAGGAAGCAGAAGCGAAGACAGUGAAGUAG